AUGUCUAGCAACGCGCCCCCGCCCAGUCGCUUCUCGGGCUACUUUACGUCCGGGCCUUCCCCGGAUACGUAUGCGCGGUCUAGAAGCAUCACUCAUUCUGGAUCCGGCGGCUCUUUGGGUUCUCGCGGACAUUACCAAUCCACGCAAAACCGGAUCAUGGCGGGAACCCCUCCCACGUACUACCCCUCCUCGUCGACAGGGUACCCGGGUUCAUCCCGUUACCGGUCUAUGCUAGAUGUUGGGCCGUCUUCUUCAUCUUCGGCCGCCCAGAACCGUGCACUGCCGCCUCCGCCGCCCCAAAUCGCGGAGGAGGACGAGUGCCCGGUCUGCCACCGCGAGCUCCCGUCACGCAGUCUGCCGAACUUUGAGGCUGUGCGGGAGACGCACAUAAACACUUGCAUUACCGCUCAUAGUACAUACAGUGGCACGCCUACGGGAGAAGCACCGCAGAAUACCGUUGGUACCCCGCCUCCUCUGGCCGUACGCCGGACUGGGAUGUUUCCUUAUCUGGCCACGGAGAAGGACUGCGUCGAUUCUGCCGAGUGCACCAUCUGCCUCGAGGAGUUCGAGGUAGGCGUUCCCAUGGCGCGUCUAGAGUGCCUCUGCCGUUUUCACCGGUCCUGCAUCUCGGCCUGGUUUGUCAACCACCCCGGGCGAUGCCCCGUCCAUCAGCAUGAUAGUUUUGGCUAUUGA